GCGCAGCAGCGGCCAUGCACGACCCAGCGGCGAGCCGCAGGUUCGGAAUGCCCGUGAUGUUAUGUAUAUUCUGUUUGCUGUGCUUCACCAGUCGAGGAUGUGCAAGGACAAAGAAGUUACUGUUCUUGGACACAAGCAACAGCAUAGAUGUUUCCUUGCAGGUGACGGUCCCAUUCGGAAUCGCCCUUCCGACGGUGAAGAAGGGCCGCAGAGCCCCCAAGGCGGGGCCCGCCGUCGAAGACGACUGCGGAGAAGACUUCCAGCAUCGUCUCCAGCUGGACAAACUGGACUCCUACUUCGAUUACCUGCAGGUGGACAGUGAAGAGUGUCGACAGAAGCUGAUGUGCCAGCUGUCGGCAGAGAGACAGCAGCUGUUCCCUGUGGCAGACAUCUUCCUGAGGCAGUUGGUGCCAGACGGCGCCGGGGGCGGGUGUCGCUACGGGCUGUACCUGGGGGCGGCAGAGCUGGGGGCUGCCGGGGGCGGCAGCUGCGGCGAGGCCCACCCCUCGUGCCCCCUGCGCCCCGGAGACCUGCUGGACUUGGACGCCGUGCACGCCUGGCGCCUCCUGGCGUCCGUCCUGCCGCUGCAGCUCGGCGCCUAGCGUCCCUGUCGGCACCCGGCCUCACCAGCCGCAGAGCCCGGCGUGAAGCUCUCGGCGGAACGGUCUAGAAGCUGAUGCGCUGCAGCGCCCUCUAGCACAGAGUUACAACAAAAAAAAACACUUUGAUUUGCCAACUUAAAUCGCGAUCGGUCUAUCGGUGUCGCAGUUUAUCGACGUCAUAAUGCAGCCAAUGAUAUAUAUGAUUAA